CGCCCCGGCCCGCUAUAUAUAGCGGACACUGCUUCUAUAGUUACUACAGUCCUGACACACAGACCUGCACAAUAUGUACAAGCUGGUGGUGUUGUCUGCCCUCCUGGCCGUGGCGGCCUGCAAGCCUAGUGGCGUUUACCCAGCCGCUACCGCUCCCCUGGCCGCUAAGGUAGCCGCGGUCGCUCCUGCCGUGGCUUACGCUGCCGGACCAGCAGUUGUAGCCGCCCCUGCCCAUGCUGUUGCCUACGCCGCCGGCCAUGCCGUUGCCCCAGCACCCGCCGUAUACGCUGCCCCCGCCGUAGCCCCCGCUGCGGCUGUAGCCUAUGCCGCUCCUGCCCCCGCCGUAUAUGCUGCCCCCGCCGUAGCCCCCGCACCAGCAGUCGCUUACGCCGCUCCUGCCGUAGCCCCUGCCCCCGCCGUCUACGCCGCCCCCGCUACCGCCAUCACUAAGACCGUCCACUAUGCUGAGACUCCCGUUGUUACCGGAUACACAUCCACCAUUGUCAAGCCUAACCUCGGUAGUCUGGCCACUCCUGCCGCCACUGUGUCUCAAACCCCCGUCGUCGCCCCUGCCAGGGCCGUGCAGACUGUCGUCCCUCAGGUCACCCAGGUGGAGCCUGAGGUCAGCGUACAGAAGGUGCCCGUCGAUGUCCCCGUCCACACCCCUGUGGUCAGCGAGGUCGAGGUUCGUACACCUGUAGUUCAGGGACCCGCUGUCGUCGCCGCCCCUGCCCCUGUGGCUUACGCUGCCCCUGCUGCUCCCGUAGUCGCCGCCCCCGCCCGUGUGGCCUACGCUGCCCACGCCGCCCCCGCUAGUGUGGCUUACGCUGCCCACGCCGCCCCCGCUAGUGUGGCUUACGCUGCCCAUGCCGCCCACGUAGUCGCCGCCCCUGCCCCCGUGGCAUACGCUGCCCAUGCCGUCGCUCCCGCCGUGGCUCCUGCCCAUCUCGCCUACGCCGGCCACCCCGUUAAGGCCCAUGGCUACGCUUACUAGACCUGGAAUAAUCCGACCUUAGGUUAUCAAAUUUAUGUAAAAUAUUGAUUUGGUCACGGUAUUCUCUCGCAACACCUCGCCCUCGCAAUAAAUUAUCAAUCCAUGUUGCAUCUGUGAUAAUACUGUUACUAAUUAAAAUAUUUUAUUUAAAACACAAA